AUUUUACCACUAUUUUCUGUGAACACAUUAAUUACCAUGGCGCACAAUAGUAGUAGCAGGAGAAGACCUAACAUACUGAUAACCGGAACGCCGGGCACCGGAAAAACGACGACGUCGUCUGCACUGGCGGAGGCGACGCAGCUCCGGCAUAUCAACAUCGGUGAACUGGUGAAAGAGAAGAAGUUGCACGACGGAUGGGACGAUACCUUGGAAUGUUACAUCAUCAAUGAAGACCUUGUUUGUGAUGAGCUCGAGGACAUGAUGGAAACAGGUGGAAACAUUGUUGAUCAUCAUGGUUGUGAUUUCUUUCCUGAACGUUGGUUCGACAGGGUUGUAGUUCUUCAAACCGACAAUACUGUCUUGUAUGAUAGAUUAAGUAGAAGGGGUUACACAGGCCAAAAGCUCACCAAUAAUAUCGAAUGCGAAAUAUUUCAAAUUUUGCUAGAGGAGGCAAAAGACAGUUAUCCAGAGGAUAUAGUUGUGGCACUGAGAAGUGAUUCUAUUGAAGAUAUUAGCAAAAAUGUGGAGAUGAUGUCCAAUUGGAUCAGCAGUUGGAACCCAGUCGUGUGAUUGAACUAAUCACAAAUGAAUUUCCCAUUGCUUAGAUAUUAUUUUGUUGUACUCAAAUAUUAUAAUGGUUUUGGUUGUUUUAUGAAGGUACUCUUAUUUAUGUAACAGAACUUCUGCAGAAAUGUAUUAUUCUGCUUUUCAUUGAUCAUUCAUUUCUGAAC